GGGGAGCGCGCGCGCGCCUCUUCACCUUCUUCCCUUCACGAGCUGCUGCUUCCUGGUUGCUUUUUUUGUUAAACCCCACACUCGUCUCUUGUUUGAUGUUCCAACUGCAGGCAGCUCCUCAGUGACGCGGCGGCCUCCCCGUCGUGCCUUGGGCCGGCGGUUGGACGGAAGGCUAGGCCGGCGGUGAGGAGGAAGCCCAGCAGUAGUAACGGGCCAUGGCCGAGCCGAGUCCGAAAAGGCUUAAGAGCGGCCUGCCCUUGUGCGCCAUCCACCGGCAUGGCAGAGCUCUGGGCAAACUCGUGAAGCAAAACUUCCCGGCCGUGGUGGAGGAAGGCCUGUGCGGAGUCACCGGCGCCCUGCUCGAGGUCGCCUACGUCUUGCAGAUGCUGGGUGAAAUCUUUGAUCAUUCUGAUAUGGCUUUACCAAAUGUUUCUAAAUUCUUCUGGGACCGGGCUAAAGAGGAGAGGGAAGCAGCAGAAGCUCUCAUACAAUACCAGCAUGACAGGGGAGGCCUCUACUGUACCAGAGUUAUCCAGAAACCACCCAGUGUGUUAAUAAGCGGUGUGGCGGCAGCUCUGGAAGUAGCCCUAGUACAAUGGAAGAUGAUGGCGGGCCAUUUUGAAGAGCUUUAUGCUCUGAGUAUCAAGAACUCAGACCCUCACACUGCAAGCACAAUUAAGAAGCAAUUUCUAGCACCGAAGAUACAGAAGAUCAAGUUGAUGGGAGAUCUAAUUACCAAUGCUCGUAGGCUUAGGAAUGCCCAAGAUAGCAGAGGUGACCUUGAGAACUAUCUUAUAGACCGCCUGCAAAAAGAACUAAAGAUUGGGACCGAUUCAGAAGCACACUGCAGUCUCCAUGCACCAUUUCAGAAAUGUACAGGAGCUGCAAAUGGGCUACAGCUUCUGCGAGAAGAGUACCUUCAGCCCAAGAAUGGGAUAAGGCCAAAAUACCAAGGCCAGUGUUGCUCCCUCUCUCAGCCUCGGUGGAAGGGCUUGCGGGAAAGAGAUCAAAGGCAGGAACACAAAUGGCAUUAGAUUGGCUGGGAUAUGAAGUAUGCCACUGCUGAGCAGCGUUAGGAUAUUCAUACAUCUCUAAAUUGUCCCAGAAUAGUUGUCUAUAGGUUGACAUGAUUUGUGAAAACAGUCCCCACAAACAGGGUAACUGUACCAUCAUGAUUUGGUCAUUGUUGAUUAUUUUCUUCAUGAGACUAUGUUUGAAAAAGCAGUUAUUCCACCAUGGACUGCAGUCCUUUCUAUGAGUGCAGGAACUCCUUACCUUCAUAUAAAAGCUAUACUAACUCUCACCCACAAUAUUGAGCUCUAGACAAUCAUGUAUCUAGUAUAGUCAGGCAUUAGGUUAGCUUGAAUAAGUGCAUAAAUGAUAACCUUGUAUUUUUCUACUAUGUAGUAAGGGUCUUUUAUAAUGCAUUCCUUUAAAAUAACAAGAUAAAUUAGAUUUUAAUAUUUCAAUGGUUGCCUUGAUAGAAGUUUAUUAACCUUACAGAGACUUCUAUUUUAGUGUACAUCCAUUUUUAUGCUUAAUUUUUUAUAUAUAUUGCUACAUAGCUUAAUGUAAACACAAUAAAAUUGUUUACCUUGGUGCAUUGUACUUACAUUUUUAAGGUGGUAUUUUACUACGAAAUAUUUUACUACAUAUUUGAUAUGCCUGCAAUAGCAAUGAUAAUAAAUGUUGAAAAUUUAAAAACGAAAUAUAUCUAUCUUUUGUGAUUUUUCAUGAUCAGCCACAUGUUAUGCUGCUGUUGGGAAGAAGCCAUAUACACGAAUAAGGCUUUUUAAUAAAUGAAUUGAGCAUACCCUCUGCAGUCACAGUGCUUAACCAUACUUGUUUUCCAUAACACAGGGGGGUGUUCAGGGAGCAGGUUUAGAGACCCUAAUUCCCAUAUGUGGGGUUCUGUCAUUCUCAUGGGUGAAGAUCCAGAACUAGGAUACUGCUUUAAUGGGAGAGAGGGGCAAAUUCUGUCCUCCACCCCUGACAAAUUACCACUAGUAGCGAUUCUGUCAUCGUAUGUAAUACAGUGGUACCUCAGGUUAAGUACUUAAUUCGUUCCAGAGGUCCGUUCUUAACCUGAAACUGUUCUUAACCUGAAGCACCACUUUAGCUAAUGGGGCCUCCUGCUGCUGCCGUGCUGCCAAAGCAUGAAUUCUGUUCUCAUCCUGAAGCAAAGCUCUUAACCUGAAGUAAUAUUUCUGGGUUAGCGGAGUCUGUAACCUGAAGCGUAUGUAACCUGAAGCAUAUGUAACAC